AUGGACCACCCCGUCACGCCCACCCCGACCGCCCCCGCCCCCGCCGGCAUCCCCGCGUACCUGAUUAUUCUCCUUGUCCUUCUCAUCCUCUCCAUCUUCGGUUCUAUCGUCCUGGGUAUCCUCUUCUGCUACGUCUUCAAGCGCCGCUCGCCCAGGAACAACGAGCCCAUUCUCCCCGCCCCAGUAGCGGCUGGUACCGCUGCUGUCGAGCCCGUCAAGGAACUCGAACCUGCGCCUGUUUCACCCGACGCCUUUGUCCCCGCGGACGGCCCUCCGACUCCAGCCAGCAAAGCUUCUAUCCGUGAAGAACCCAGGAGCAACACCGACGGCCCUGCUGCCAAGGCAAGCAACGACGCUCCUGAUGAUCACUUCGAAAACGCCCCUCUCGAGUGCGACCUUGCCUCGAGUCAUCUCAUUCAGGACGAUCAAGUGAAGAACAGCAGUCAAACCUUCUACGUCCCCGGCCCGCCCACCGACCCGUUCGACGCCGUUACCUACGAGCAAAUGUACAACUACAGAUACGAUGGACCCGACCCUCUCCAGAGCAAGUUAUUCCGGAAGCUGCCCAAUGACCGGAAGUUCGACUAUAUCAUGGCCAAGAACCUCAUGAAGAAACCUCGGCACGCGAGCGUUCAGCGUUUCAUGGACCACCGCGAAGAGUUUCAGUAUAUGCACCUCGACCCCGCCGUUCAGGCCCUCAGCAUCACUGGCAUCGAUCUCCCGUGCUUGGCCCAAGGUAGCACGAACUCAUCUCUGGCCGGUCCGUCGCGCACGUCUCAGCCUUCAGAUGUCGCGGACGUGCCUUCGUUGCCUACGUUCACCUUCGAGUCUGAGGCUUUGAUACCAGUAUCUCAGACGCUCGACGUUCCGAGCGACUCUAGGGAGCCAUCUACCCCAGUCGAGGAAGCAGUAUUCUCACCGUCCCCGGCGAUACCAGUAGCACUGGGCGACCCCGUCGACGAGUCUGUCGGAACUGUCGACGGCGUUAGUAUUCGGCCGGAGCCCGCCCUGGCCGUCGACUUCCAGGAGACGGAUGCCAAGUCUGUAGACUGUGAAUUGUCCAGCGACUAUGUCGUCUCCAGGCCGGAUGUUGAAUUAGUACCUACCCCUGCAGCCGUUGACGAUGCUGCACCCGUCGAGGACGUCAAGACUUGUGAAUCGUCAGAGGAGUCGUCUAACAUAUCUUCUGACUCUGACCUUGCGCAUGAGCAAGGUACCUCUGUGUCGUCCGUCUCGGAGGUGACGGAUGACAAGGUUGUUGGCUUUGCCGAGGUCGUGCCUACCACUACGGAGAUUGAUGUUGAGGGGGUGGUAGGGGUGGGGGUGAAGCCCGAAGGGAUACAGGAGCUCGAGGACAAGGAGGCGGCGCCUUCCGAUAGUGAUGAUGAAGAGUCGGCGACCCUUGCUAUGGUUGAGAGUAGUAAACUCGAGGCAAGUCCCUGUGUUAACAAGCCCGCUUUAAGUGGAUUGAUGAUUGACUUCGGUAAUGUCUCUUCUCUCUUCGCAGAGAGAGCGAAACCUACUGGGACUGCUGAACCCUCUCGCGUGCCUCAUAUUGAAUUGGGGUUGUUGGGUUCGCCCUUCCAGAUGCAGUCCCCUACUACCUACAACGCAGCGAAGGGUAGGCCUGAUCCACUGGAGACGCCUAUCAUCCCCCCUAUGGACAACACCUGGUGCCAAUCUCCCGCUGGCCAUCUCGACGACACGCUCUCUGGCGACGGGAACGGUAACUCUCUGGACGUGGCGGAGGCAAACGCGUCCUAUGCGGAGUCGAUCACGCUUACUAGCGAUCAGCCUCCUAUGUCGCCUCCGAAGCCGUCUGUGUGGAAGGGAAAAGCAAAGGAAGUGGAUUCAGUCGUAGAUACUCCUCCUCUGAGCCUUCCUCUCCACGACUAUCUGGGAACGCCUAGCGCGGUUCAAGAACAUCCCGCGGUCACCGCUACUCUGCCGUCACAGGAAAUUCUGACUUCCGCUGACUCGGCUGGUUCUCUAGAGUACACUACUGACCCAUGGGAGCAGCAGCUACGUGAAGAGGCUUCGGCAUUGUACUCUCCCAUUGUUCGGUCGACACCUCAUACUCGUACUCGGACGGCUAGCAGCCAUGGCUCCCCGCGGUACGUGCCCUACAGGCCCUCGGCUCCUACUCCGGAUGGGGGUGUUCAAGAGUAUCGGCGGUCUAUCGUGCCACGCUCGCCCGUUAGUGUUUCUGGUUCCUCGAGGCGAUUGCUUCCGGUCGAUUUCAAGGGCACGCCGGCCUCGCUAGAAUCCACUCCUUCCGCGAGCCCUAAGGCGCUACCCCCGCAAUUAGAGCGCGUCGUACUUACAUCCCCUUCGGAUCUUCGACCGCGUUCGGAAAUUGGCGCUCUGAUGGCAGAUAUCAUGGACGGAUGGGACUCCCUCGAGAGCUCGCCAAGUGUCUGCGGAUCCAGGCAUCGUGAACUCCGGAGGGCCUCGUCGGUAAUGGAGUCUCCAGAGUGCAGCCCUCCUGCUAGGCCUUGUGCACCGUCUCCGGCAUCGAGUCGCUCUUAUCGAAGUCCAAGGUAUCUCCCGACCAUGCUCAGCCCAACGUUCUCGCCAUCGCCCUCGGCUGGCAUUACUUCUCCUCGUGCUGGUCGACCUUCGGCGCCAUCCCCGGCUUCAACUGUCUCUGAGCGGAGUCCUAGGUAUCUGCCGGCCAUGUGCUCCUCUUCCUCUCCGCCGGUGCCUUCUGUCUGUACUCCUUCGUCUCUGGAUUGCUCAGGUCAAGGAUCUCCCGGCUUCGCAGCAAUUCCUCUUGCCCGCAAUCUGGAGUGGAUUCGUCCGGACCGUCCUCCGCACUGGGGCCAACUCGCUUCUCCCUCAGGCUCUGAUUCACGUCCCACAUCUUUCGCUCUGAGGCCCGAAUCCGUGCAAUCCAUCGACGACCAGCUGUUCUUCCGGUACUAUGCGAAGCGCCGACCCGACAAAGCCUGGCCAAUCGAGGCGUAUCAGUACGGGUUCCUUCUGGAGCGCGCCGCGCGAGGAGAGCGGGUCCUGCCUAACUAUUCUGGGGAGGACACUAAACUUGUCUUGGCCGGCGCCGGGCAUUUGUCUGCGAAAGUGCGGGCGGAGACCAAACGGAUCAAACUCAUGGAGCUGGAAGAUGGGCGACGUGCAGUACGGUAUCAUACGCGGAACAUGGCCUGCAAGUUUGGGUUACUAGAGGGUAUCUCUGACACUAACCCCGCCGAGAUGGGUCGGAUUGCCUGUGAGGACGAGGACGAAACGGACUCCCUAUCCGAUGAAAGCUCCGAUGAAGCCUCCGGAAGUGGCGACGACUAUAAGCCUGCGCGCACCGUGGAUGCGAUCACCUACAAGGACAUGGAAGGAGGGUCGGAGGGAGAGAACACCGCUAACGAGGCGUUCAAUGAGGGUGUUUGGUCGGCGCGGUACGCUUACGACCCCAGUUGGGAUCCGCCUGAUCAUCCAGACCCGCGCGUGAGGAAGAAGUUGCUUCCGUUCUGGCGCCGGGGCCUCGUUCAACUCAAGGACGAGAUUGUCGUGCACGAUUUCGACAGAGUUCCUACUCUGCAGACCUGA